GCAGCGCCGGACAUGGCUCAGGCGCCGAUCUUCCCCCGUUGCUCCUAGGGAAGAACAUGCCCAAGACCAGGGCGGGCGGCGUGGAGAAGGCAAGCCCCGAGAGCGCCGAGAGGAAGGGCCCUAGCCGCCCCCGGGCCGGCGGGGUAAGCAGUGCCCGGGCCUGGGCGGGCGGAGCGGGGCGGGCGGCUCCCGGCGGUCCCCGGUGCGCUCCGCUUCCCCCGGUGCGGGCAGUCCCGGGGAGCCGCGGGGCCCGGGCCUCCGGGAGCCCCCAAAUCAUUCACAAACCGGUUAACUCGAACUACAGUCGGACUCUCUCCGUGUUUCCCUGUGCCCUACCGCAGACAGGCUCUGGGCUCGGCAUUCCCUCCGUGCCAUCUUCCCCGUCCUGCAGCUCUGUCCCGGGCAGCCUCCUUGCCUUUAGCUCCCAAUGGAAAUAGUUGUGGCUAUCGCAUUAAAUCGCGGGGCCCCUCAGCAGGCAGCCUUUUUUGCUGCGCUGAGAAGAUCUCCGCUCUCCGGGGUCUCAAGGCUGGCACAGACAAAGACGUGGCAGCGGCAGCGCCAAGAGCACAGCAGGCAGGGAGCUGGGAGUGAGGGAGGAAGCUGUGCUGGAAAAAUUGCUGUUCGUUUCCUGUUCAUGGGGAGAAUGUGUUUAUUGGUCAAUCCAAAAUCUACGGCUACCUGAACCCCAACAAAGCUCCUGGUGCUCGCCCCCCACUUCAAGAAGAAAACUCUGUCAUGUAUCACGAGGUGAAAUGUCAGGGCAAAACACUAAAGGAAACCUACAGGAAAGGAGCUGGAAAAAAGAAUGGUGGCAGAAUAGUUGAAGGUGCUGUGAAACCAGAAGACCAGAAGGAUAAGGAAGGUGGGUGCAAUCCUUUGGUGCCCUCCUCUGAUCAAAACCAAGAAACUGUGGAAACCCAAAAGACUCCCCUGCCUGCAGAGUGUGCUGAGGAGGCCAAUGCAAAGCCAGCUCAGAAGAAGAUGGUUAAAGCAAAACGAGGACCAAGGAAAAAAACACAAGGAAGAGCACCAAACCGAAAAGUGACAGAUUAUUACCCAGUUAGAAGAAGUUCCAGGAAGAGCAAAUCUGAAUUGGAGACUGAGGAAAGGAGGAAAAUAGAUGAGCUGAUUACAAGUGGGAAGGAAGAAGGAAUGAAGAUUGAUUACAUUGAUGGCAAAGGGAGAGGAGUAAUUGCUACUAAACAUUUUAAUCGAGGAGAAUUUGUGGUUGAAUAUCACGGGGAUCUCAUCGAGAUCACUGAUGCCAAGAAACGAGAGGCUGUGUAUGCUCAAGACCCAUCCACAGGCUGCUACAUGUACUACUUCCAGUACCUCAGCAAAACCUACUGUGUCGAUGCUACGAAAGAAACGAAUCGCCUGGGGAGGCUCAUUAAUCACAGCAAGUGUGGCAAUUGUCAGACCAAGCUCCACGACAUCGAUGGUGUGCCUCAUCUCAUCCUCAUAGCUUCCAGGGACAUUAAGGCAGGUGAAGAACUCUUGUACGACUACGGAGACAGAAGCAAAGCUUCCAUUGAAGCUCACCCGUGGCUGAAACACUAAUUCAUCUUCUUGUUUUGGGGUUUUUAUUUUUGGACUGAGUGUUCUACAAGGAGUCAGUGCAUUUUUUUUUUUCUGCCCUCACUUCCCUCAGCUUUCUUAGUGGAUGGCUUAUGGUCUUCCGAGCUCCUUAAAAACUGCCUUUUUGCUUUGCAGUAUUGAAAUACCUGUUAUAGUUUUCCAGGCAGGCUUGAAUAAUUGAUCUUAGAUUGCCAAAACUUUUAUAUCAUAAAAAGAAAACCCUCCUUAAAAUUCAAAUGCUUCUGUAUAGUGACCAGUGCCACUUGAGCAGUGAAAGACUUGCACAGAAACUUAAUCACUGGGGUUGUGCUUCUGCUUUUGCAAGGAAAUCUCACGCCCCACUUUGGGGUGCUGAACUUGGCUUUAGGACAGAAGUACUGCUGUACUCUGACUUGGUCAUCCAGUGGCUUGACUGCCUGUCAGACUGCUUUUCACAGCCCACUGCUGACAGGCUUCUCUGAGAUGGAUGCUACUGUCAUUCUCAAAUAAUUUGUGGUAGGAAUCCAGUUUCUCCUGUGUCAUACAUUCUGUUGGCAAUGAACUCCAAAUGCACUGGCACUGAGGGAAAAGGAUGGUCAGAUUGACUGCUUCCUUUGGAGAAAUUACUUCCAGCCAAAUGAGGAUAAAUUUUGAUAGACUGGGUUGAUACUGAUUACAGAUGUGAAGAUAGAACUUCACAGUGAGAAUUAAUAUUUGACAUUUACUUAUUUUCUAAACUUUGAGAAGGUACCUUUUUUACAGUCGAUGGCUGAUUUUUGGAGGUGUCUCCCAGAGGAUUUUAAAGAAGUAAAAACUCUCUCCAAAAAGAUUUUAUAUUACCUUCCUAUGCUAAUUAGCCACAUCAGAAGCUAUUUAUUUACUGUGAAUGCUUGAAGUAGAGCAUAGUGGUUCCAAAACUAGGAGUCAUCUUCAUAUGCAGCUUCAAACUGUAGUGAUGGAGUUCAUGCAGUGAAGAAAGUAGAUUCCUUAUUGCCUGGUCCUGUAGGUGUGUCCAGCACAGCCUGGUCCCACUGUCUCACAUGGGAGUGGAGUUCUUGGCAUCUCGUGGCUGUUUGGAUGUUUCUGUUGGAGAGCCAACUCUGGGAUAUAGGCAGGCAAUACAAUGCAGGUCCUUUAUGUUAAAGAGGAAUUCUUACCAGUUGGAAUUUUUGCCAAGGCAGGCUUGGCAUGUGUGUAGAUGAAAAUGGCUGUGAGCCAUCAGCCACGCUUGCUGCUGGAAGAUGUCAGCAAGGGAUCUGUGGCUCUGUUAAUGUCUUCUAUUCCUCAUGUCUUGAAGGCUGCUGCUGUUCCAGCUGAAUGCCCUCUAGACAAUCUUAUGCUUGCCUAUGUGAUAGGUCAGAUAGCAACAACAUCCUGGUUGUGUGCUCCAGCAGCAAGAGAGGUGGCUUAGUGAUGUAUUUUUUAAAUUAAAAACUUGAAGACAAUGUCUCUGUAAAAUAAAGAUUAUAUUUAUUAUUGAUGAAACGGCUGCUAUACUACCUGUCUCCAUUGCAGUUUUAUGAGCAUUUUGAAAGAAAGCUGUGAAAAUCAUUAGCUAUUAAAUGCUUUAUAUUAUUUACUGCUUCACACAAGGCAAACUCGUCAGAGCAAGCCUGGGUAUCUUCCCAUUUCUGAAGAAUUAACUGGAGACGUGUUACAUUACGUGUACUGAGUUUCAGGUAAGCCUCACUGGUCAACUUGUCUGAGUUGGCACUGAUUUUUCUCUGUCUCAGUAACAGAGACCUCACCAAUGUGUACAGUGUCCUGUUAAACUAGAGCACUUCCCUUAAGUCAAAAUUGGAAUAAUUUUUUUAAAAUUUUAUUUAAAAAUUUAUGUGUUCUCUAUCAGGUUGAAUAGCUUAAAACCUCUGUACUUCAGCAUCACUUUUGUAAACAAGAAAGGGGAAAGAUCUCCCUGUUUUACAUAAAAAGAAAAUGUCUUCUCUGAAAGCUUAACUGGUAAUUGAGUAGCACUGCUUUGGAGGAUGGAAAUAAAGCUCAUGUUGCACUGCA